UCUUCUUUUGUUGGUGGUUUGCCACGUGUUCAAAUUCAUCUUGGCGCCACAUAACAAAAAAGAGAAGAGAACCCAGGCUCAACUCGCCCUCGAUUUGCUCUACAACUACAAUGGUUCUCAAAGUUGUGAAUCUCAAUCUAGGAUUUCACUGUUUGACUCCAUCUCCAUGUACUAAUUUCACUUUUAUUUCUCCCAAGCAUUCAAAAUCUCGUAAAGAUCGCUUCGUAUUUCGUUCUUGUCAAGUUGAGCAACUAUCAUUUACAGAAUCUGAAAACUCACUUAUCGAAUCCCUUCUUGGCAUUCAAGGACGCGGACGCUCUUCUUCUCCUCAGCAGCUCAAUGCUAUUGAACGUGCUGUUCAAGUCCUUGAAAGUUUAGGGGGUGUCCCGGAUCCGACAAACUCAAAUUUAAUCGAGGGUCGCUGGCAGCUAAUUUUCACUACAAGACCGGGAACAGCAUCUCCGAUUCAGAGAACAUUUGUUGGAGUUGACUUUUUUAGUGUAUUUCAAGAGGUUUAUCUUCGAACAAAUGAUCCACGCGUAAGCAAUAUUGUGUCAUUUUCUGAGGCCAUUGGUGAGCUCAAAGUGGAGGCAGCAGCAUCAAUUGAAGAUGGAAAGAGAAUCCUUUUUAGGUUUAACAGAGCUGCCUUUUCUUUUAAAUUUCUUCCAUUUAAAAUUCCAUAUCCUGUUCCAUUUAAGCUGCUUGGAGAUGAAGCAAAGGGUUGGUUAGAUACCACAUAUUUGUCCCAUUCGGGAAACCUUCGUAUCUCAAGAGGAAAUAAGGGAACCACAUUUGUGUUGCAGAAGCAAACUGAACCUAGGCAGAGGUUAUUGAUAGCAAUUUCCUCGGGGGUGGGUGUUAAAGAGGCAAUAGAUGAACUUAUUUCCUUAAAUCAGAAUACUGAUGAAGAACCAGAACUAGAAGAGGGUGAGUGGCAGAUGACAUGGAAUUCACAGACUGUGACGGAUAGUUGGUUAGAGAAUGCUGCUAAUGGUCUGAUGGGAAAGCAGAUAAUCGGGAAGAAUGGACGAAUAAAGUUUCUGGUUGAUAUCUUGCUUGGGCUUAAAUUCUCCAUGAAUGGAAAUUUUGUAAAAACUGGCUCCAAAGUGUAUGACGUUACGAUGGAUGAUGCAGCCAUAAUUGGUGGCCCUUUUGGAUAUCCCCUAGAAAUGGAAAACAAGUUCAUCUUGGAGCUUCUAUACUGCGAUGAGAAGAUCAGAAUUAGCCAGGGAUACAAUAAAAUUCUUUUCGUACAUAUUCGCACGGAUGCAAUGAGGUGAACUCUAUGGUCAUCUGAGAAUAGUAGAAAUAUAUUGGUAAAGAUUUGAGAUCAGUUGUGUAUUUAACUAUCCCCAACAACUAGACAUCGUUUGGAAGGUCUAUUUUGGUAUUUAGUUUACGUUUUAUUAAAUGGCUUUAUUUAUUUAUUUCUGUUAAUCUA